CGCUACCUAAUGAUUUAUUCAAUUUCAAACCGAUGCGACGCGGUAUAUGUUAUCAAUAUUCUACGAAGUUCAAGUGAAUCGAAAUUAGACACUUGGACAGUCGGUGUUUGAACCUCGAAUUUGUCCAUCUGAUCUGGGCCAUCAUGAGCACUUUUCUACAUAAAAUUGGUAUUGUGUGUACCGUUAUAGUUGGAUACAGAUUUUUCAGUAUGGUCUUCAAUUUUCUGUACGACACCCUCAUUGCUCCAGCCCUCCAUCUGCAGAAAGUCGAGUGGAAAAGCCUCGGAAAAUGGUCUGUGAUAACUGGCAGCACAGAUGGUAUUGGAAAGGCCUAUGCUGAACACUUAGCGAAGAUGGGCUUCAAUGUAGUACUCAUAAGUCGAACUCAGGCUAAACUAGACACCGUAGCAGAAGAGAUCAAAGAAAAAUACAACGUGGAAGUGAAAACAAUAGCUGUAGAUUUCACGAAAGAAGAUACGAUAUACCACGAUAUAGACAAACAACUGAACACUUUAGAAAUCGGGGUGUUAGUGAACAACGUAGGUAUGAGUUACAGUUAUCCCGAAUAUUUCCUGGAUAUCCCCAAUCAGGACGAGUUCAUAAAGAAUCUCAUCUGCUGCAAUAUAUUCUCUGUCACGAAUAUGUGUAGAAUUGUGAUGCCCGGAAUGGUGGAGAGGAAGAGUGGGGUAGUCAUCAACAUAUCCUCAGCAGCAGCCCUUAUACCUAAUCCCAUGUUGACAGUGUACUCAGCAACGAAGGCUUAUGUCCAGAAAUUCAGUGCGGAUCUUGCUACUGAGUACCAGAAAGACGGUCUUAUAAUACAAUGCGUUUGUCCUGGCUACGUCUCUACUAAGAUGUCCAAAAUGAGGAAUACCACGUGGAUGGCCCCUUCGCCUAAGACAUUCGUGGAAAGUGCCAUGAAGACUGUGGGGAUAAUGGAGACUACCACUGGAUAUUUCCCGCACACCCUCAUGAACGCUGUCAUACACACCCUGGAGAGUAUAUCCACGAAACUUUCACGAUGGCUGGUUAUAAGGACGAUGCAGAAUAUCAGGGGCAGAGCUUUGAGGAAAUCUGCUGCAACUAGUUGAAUAUACUUAUUUAUUGAUCCACUUGUAAAUUAUGCUCAUUUUUAUAGAUUAUAUAUAUUACCUCAUUAUACAUUGUUGUUGAAAAAAAUUGAAAUUAAAAAAAAUUACAUAACUUCA